ACGGCUGUAAUUUUUCGGACGGCAAGCGAAGCCAGCCCACCAAGCUUCCUUAUCGCAUACUUGCGAUUGGCUGACAUGCCCUUAUCGGCUUCUUCGACCCAGAAAAUUUCUGGCAUGCAUUGAAGCUGUGAGAAACUGUCGCAUCGCGAAUCCAACCAAGCCCAUCAACUGAGGCGUGUGGACAUUUACACUCAGCAAUUACUGACCGCUCUCAAAUGUGGCGGGCUUAGACGCUUCCUGUCCAACCCAACGGCAUAGUCACGGCGGAAUUGAUGGUUACAAUCGCACACUGCCCCUGCGUCUCCCGUUCACGAUCAAUGCCCGCUUGGUGAUACCCUUCGUCGCAAACGAGAUAGGAGACCAGAGAGCAUACGUUUCGAGAAUAGAAACACGGCAAAGAUGGCAACAUCGCUGGCUGCGCAGUUGGCGCAGAUCGCAGCCAACUCGCGCGCCAGCUUCAACGCCAAGGCUCUCAAAGCCACCCACUCAAAGUCUCUGAUUUGGGAGCCCCGAGUCGCCGCUGGCCAGACCUUCGCCGAGAUCUACCAAGUAUGCCACGAGGGCUUCGAGGAACUCUGUCACCUGGAUAACCGCUUUGCGCAUUUCGACACCACCUUAUUCAGCGAACAGAGCCAGGAAGCCGACCGGACCCAGAUGACCGUGGAGGAGAAUGCGGCCCUGGACAAGCGCGUCGACUCAUUUCUGCACCUGGUGGGCAGCCGGUUGCGUCUCAUGCCUGCAAUCAAGGCCAUCGAAUGGCUAAUUCGGAGGUUCCGUAUCCACGAGUUCAACACAGCAGCCCUCCUCACCACAUUCCUGCCGUACCAUACCAUCCCGGCAUUUGUGACGCUCCUGUCUAUUCUGCCAGCAAAGAUACCUCUGGAGUACAGGUUUCUGGAUCCCUAUAUCCGAUCCUUGACUGCCCCGCCGAGAGCCGCUAUUGUCCAGCAGGCAACCAACCGGCACGAGUUUCUCUCUGUCAUCUCCCACUACACCCUCCAGUCAUGCCGGGUCAGGCAGGAAUACCCCGGUUUGGUGUCAUUCUGGGGCGGCGUCAUGGCAGAGGCCGUCAAUGGCAUGCUUGACAAAAUGCGAUCCGGCAGGAGAAGCAUUCAACUGGAAAACGAUCAUAUCCUUCUGCAACAGAUUGGGCCAGUUUUAAGCGAGGCUUUGGUGAUGAGUGAAGUUCCGGGCAUCCAGAUUGCAAGCUACAUGAUUGUCACCAUCUUGGCCGCGAAGGGCAGCCUGAACGACGGUGCCCUUGCCGCCUUCAUGGACCAGCUAGUCCACGGUUGGACAGUCGACACAUAUCGCCCGGGCCUUGUCUGUCUCUGCAUCCUCGCUCAGCAUCGGUCCGCGAAGCAGGUGUCCAGCCGUGUUGCUAAAGCCCUCAUGAAGGUCCAGAAUCUGGUCCCGACGUUGGUCGAGAUCAGUCGGGAACAUAGGGUCGACAAGCUGGCGAACGGGCUGGCCCUUGCUUUCAUUGACAGAUUGUCCAAGAGAGGCGACAUUCGAAGCCUUUCUCUCGUCAACUCUCUUCUUUUGGCCAACCUGCUGCAGGAAAAGCAGAUCAAGGUUGCCUACAAAGCCAUGCUUCUGGCCGCGCACAAAGUCAAUGAUGAGGUGGACGAGGACGGUCGCAUUCGCAAAGAGAUUGGGUCGUCUCUUGUUAGCUUGUCGCAAGCUGGAGGUGAUGCCGGGGAUGCCGUCAGGUCCGCCCUUGGGGAAGUUGAAUUCGACAUUGAAGAGCUCGAACUCAAGCUUGGGGCCGCGAUCCGCCCAAAACUCGCUAUCGAGCAGAGUCCCGAGAAUGCCAAGGAAGAGCAGGAAAUGCGGGCUACUGAUAAGCAGCCCGACUUGGACUCAACGUUCCUGGAAUUAAGCAAACUGGAACCAUCGGCAGCUUCUUGUCUGGUACAGGAAUCAGGGAGCCUGUUUCACGAUCUCUGCACGGUCUUCCUGGCUACGGCAGCUACUCAAACCGAUGUUGAGAGAUUCGAUUCCACUCCCGUUCUGAGCCGGUCCUUAGCGCCGAGCAACUCGUUCUACUUCAGCUUCUACCUGCGCGUUUGGUGUGGACCUUUUCCCACAUUGGCCAAGGUGGCUGCGCUAGACCGUGUCAAGACUCGGCUCAAGGAGAGUGAUUGUGCGGACAGGGAUUUCCAGGCUAUCAUCCCUUACUGUGCUGUCGCCUUGAGCGAUCCUGCAAAGAAAGUCCGCCGUGCCGCAGCUGACCUUGUUGCGGUUUUGGGAUCGCUUCUCAGAGACUCCUCUGGACAGUCGCGGCAGUUCUGGGGCGCCACGGAUCUGUAUGGCAAGGCCAUCACUCCGAGCAUGCUCGACCGGGACUCCCUAAAAUCCCUGCUUCACUCGGUCCUUAUCCCGUGCUUGGAGGAGGCUGUCCUCCACGAGGGCCAUACCAUCGCUGCCCUGGUUAGCGCAUUGGAGAGCUCUAAAAGUUCUUCCAGGAAGGAGACUGAAAAGCGCCAUCUUUCUCACGCGACAAGACUCUCCAUCUUCAAGUUCCUAUGCGGCCAUGUCGCAGAAUCGCCGUUGCUGACCGUCAAGCUCCGCUUACUACGGUCACUCAACCAAAUACGGAGCAUCUCGGGUACCUCUCGGACAGAUCUUCUGUUACCCCUUCUCCGUUGGUGGGCUGCUCUUAGCCGUGACGAAGCCGUUAAGCUUGCUGCACGAGAGUCGCUGGACGAAGGCCUCAUGGAUGAGGCCAUUGUGGACGUCGUCAUUGCAAACCAUGCCACGGGUCUCGAGACAUUCUUCCAGUUGAUUCACAACCCCAACACAGUUCUUAGGCCCAAUCUCGUGCAGGCUAUCUUUGGCCGCAUCAUCAAGAUAUGGCCGUCGAUGAAGUCGGAUACCAAGUCGGCCACGGCCCGUUCAAUGUUCGCCAUCACACAAAACCGGCCCUUAGUUGACCAGAGCUCCAUCGUGACCGAGGCUGUCGAGCUUCUUCGAAAGGUGGAUUUGACAACUGAUAUCCUGCUCGAGUUCAUCGACUCGCUGCAAGACGAGGUCAAGCUCGCGACCGAGAAGCCUACAAACAAGCGGAGACGGGUCAGCACAGCAGAACAGAGCGGAAGCGUGGCCCUGCAGAGCAGUCCGGAGCUGAAGGCGGCCUUGAACAAGACUACCUUCGUUCUAGAACUCGUGCAGGAAUCCAACCCGGCGGAUCAUCCCGAGCUGUUGCCGAGUCUCUUCACAACGCUCUCAGAUCUCCACCAGCUCGGCACCCUCAUCGGAUCCGAGUUAGGCUACCUUCAAAACCUGGUACUCAGUUGUCUUCUCGCCAUGAUGCCGGCGUACAAGGACAACAAGGACUUGUCAAUCGACGCGUCGGUUGGCCAUGGAGACGUCUUGGCCACCUGCAUCCAGAAGUCCUCAAGCCCUGCCGUUACCAACUCAGCACUGCUUCUGGUGGCUAGCCUGGCCAGGACGGCGCCGGAUGUGGUGCUGCAAAGCGUCAUGCCCAUUUUCACGUUCAUGGGCAGCUCGGUGCUAAAGCAGGCUGAUGACUACUCUGCCCACGUUGUGAACCAGACCAUCAAGGAGGUGAUCCCUCCCCUGAUUGAGACCUUCCGGAGGAGAGGGCGAAACGUGGUCGCCAGCAUCAAGGAUCUCCUUGCCAGCUUCGUGACGGCUUACGAGCAUGUCCCCUCUCAUCGGAAGCACGACCUCUUCAUCUCGCUGGUCCAGAAUCUUGGGCCCGAGGACUUCCUCUUCGCUGUCCUUGCCAUGUUUGUUGACAGAUACGGGGCAACCGACAACAUGAUUUCGUUCACCACGCAGAUGAUGAGUUCAUUCUCGGUCGAGAUCCAAUUGCAGACCCUCAUCAAGCUCCUGGACCUGAUCAGCGACAUCUUCAAGCCGAAGCCUACCUUGUCGAGCACGCUGCUCGGUGGUGACGGAGUCGGCGAGUACGAGAGCCAAAAGAUUGCCGCGAAACAAUUCAAUCUCCUUCCGCAUCUGCUAGCGAACCGGCGGCUGAAGCGAGAGAUUACACAACUGGCGGAGAGGGACGACAUGGAAACGGGCAAGAUCCGCGACUUGUACGCCACGCUCCUCGAAAGUAUCUUGGCUCUUGCCGCCACAGUCAAGGGCAAGAAGGUCCUCUACAGCCGCUGCGGCGAUGCACUGUCCAACCUCCUCAACCUGCUUUCGAUCGCCGAGUUCAUCAAGAGCGUGGAGGCCUUGCUCGACCGGCCGAACGUCGGGCUGCGGCAGAAGGUGCUGCGAGCGCUGGAGCUGCGGGUCGACAGCGAGAGCACCGGGGAUGCGAAGCCCAGAGAAGCUCUACUCGCUUUCCUGCCCCAAUUGACUGCAGUCAUUCGGGAAUCAGACGACAUGAACUACAAACACACGGCGGUGACAUGUGUCGACAAGAUCUCAGAGAAGUACGGCAAGAAAGACCUCGAUGCUGUUGCUGCGGCUGCUACCACCAUCGCGGGCGAUCACUGCCUCGGCCAGUCAUCCCAGACUCUCCGGGUCAUGGCCUUGCUGUGCCUCGCUUCACUUGUCGACGUUCUGCAGGACGGAAUCGUCCCUGUCCUGCCGGUCGCGAUCCCCAAGGCCCUGGCAUAUCUCGAAGAGAGCUUGGUUGGCGAAGAGCCCAACGCGGAGCUGCACAAUGCCGCCUAUGCUUUUAUGGCAGCCCUGGUCCAGCACAUCCCAUACAUGAUUACUGGUGUAUAUCUCGACAGGUUGCUGACGUGCUCGAACACGUCGGCCGCCGCACAGCUGGAUGACGAGUCGAACAGCAACCGGUUACAUUGUCUCCAGUUCUUGGCCAAGCUGGUUGACCCCAAGGUUUUGUACAAUGCUCUCAACCAGAACUGGAGAUCUGCUGCCAACUGCGGUUUCUCGGCUGUUGUCGAGUAUCUCCAGAUUCUAGGUAUGGCCCUCGACAAGCAUUCUAAAGCGGUUAUCUCCAAGAACACGGCGUCGCUCUCGACUAUCUUCCUCAGUUCCAUGGACCUGAGGAGAACUGUUAGCUCCGGGCAGGUCAAGACUGCAAUUAGCUCGUCCGAGCUGGACGAGAUCGAGACCAAGAUCAGCGAUGACGCGCUAAAGAUGAUCUACAAGCUCAACGACGCGACCUUCCGGCCCAUCUUUUCGAGGCUUAUGGAGUGGGCAUGGACCGGGUUACCCAUGAACGACACUUCAGGCCGGACUCUCCGCUUGUUUGUUGUCUACGGCUUCCUGGACACCUUUUUCGGAAACCUCAAGUCCAUCGUCACCAGCUACGCCUCCUACAUUAUCGAGAGCGCAGUCAAGAUCCUCUCGUCGGCGGAUUUCAAAGACGCCAGGGAAAAACAGCUCUGGAGGCGCUCUCUGCACACGCUCGCCAAGUGCUUUGAGCACGACCAGGACGGCUUCUGGCAGGCGCCGUCGCACUUCGGCGCCGUGGCGCCCGUGCUGGUCGAGCAGUUCCUGCACGCGAGCAUCGUGGACGCGGCCGAGGAGCUGAUCCCCGCGGUCGUCGAGCUCGCGGCCGCUGCCGACUCGCAGGAGCAUCACAAGGAGCUCAACGGGGCGCUGCUGAAGCACCUGCGCAACGGCCAGGCGGCGGUCCGGCUGGCCGUGGUCCGGUGCCAGCAGGCGCUGACGAGCAGGCUGGGAGAAGACUGGCUGCAGGCGCUGCCGGAGAUGCUGCCGUACAUCAGCGAAUUGCAGGAUGAUGACGACGAGGUGGUGGAGCGGGAGAAUAGGAGGUGGAUUGUGAGAAUUGAGGAGAAGUUGGGCGAGAGCUUGGACUCGAUGUUGCAGUAGGCUGAUGGCCUGGUUGGGAGAUGCGAGGGGUAUGGGUGAGAUGGGUUGCAUGUGAGAACUAUGCUUGGUGGUCAUUUGGAUGGGGAGGGUUGGCGGGAUAUACUUAGAGUGCGUUCUCUGACCUCUCAUCUCCAAAGUUGCAUGCUCCAGUUCACGACCGGUUGAUAACCAUAAGCACCUCACUGAGGCUCACCGCGGAAGGUUGCUUGAGAGACUGAGCCUGUCGGGCAAUAAGCUUGAAUAAUACUUGAAUCAAACCACGUGUGCCGCGCAGGUCAUGCCAUCUUGAUGGAUCUAUCUGUAACUAUGACCAUUCUUUCGCUCGUGCUCCGAACCCGAAGAGGUCGGACCAACUAAUCAGAGUUGACUAUGUCUGGCCAGCUUACUA